AUGAGUUUCUUUCUUUUCUUCCUAUAAAACUCAUAUCCUCACUCAACAAAUAUCUCCUCUGCAAUUUCAUUUUCGUCGUCCACUUUUCUGUGAAAAAGUAAUAAAACUUUCCCCUCGAAUUACGCAGGCAGGAGGAUCCAAUCUUUCUCUCAGGAAUCGCUUAUGGCUUCAAAGCGGAUCUUGAAGGAGCUCAAGGAUCUCCAAAAGGAUCCUCCUACCUCUUGCAGUGCUGGUCCUGUCGCUGAGGACAUGUUUCAUUGGCAAGCUACAAUCAUGGGUCCUCCGGAUAGUCCUUACGCAGGAGGGGUUUUCUUAGUUACCAUCCAUUUCCCUCCAGACUACCCUUUCAAGCCUCCUAAGGUUGCUUUCAGGACAAAAGUUUUCCACCCAAACAUAAACAGCAACGGAAGCAUAUGUCUCGACAUACUGAAGGAGCAGUGGAGCCCAGCCCUAACCAUCUCUAAGGUGUUGCUUUCCAUAUGCUCCUUGCUGACAGACCCGAAUCCCGAUGAUCCAUUGGUUCCUGAGAUUGCCCAUAUGUAUAAAACUGACAGGACCAAGUACGAGACCACUGCAAGGAGCUGGACUCAGAAAUACGCCAUGGGCUAACUUUGCGUGGACGAGUGGUUGGCCCGUUUACCUUUGAACAUUUUGCUUUCUACAUUUUAUUAUGUAUCAAAUGGUCUAAUCUAUCUUUCAAGUCCUAAAUUUGGACUAAAAAUGACCAGACACAUUGCUUUUAAACUGUUUGUAUGUGUAGUUAAUCUAUCAAAUGCGUUUCUAUGAUUGAAA